AUGUCACUAAUUUGCUCAUAUUGUUCUGCGUUACGGUGGAAAGAUGAAUGUUCUUCAAUUUGUUGUUUGGGUGGAAAAGUAUCUCUACCUCCAAUUUUACAACCUCCUCAACCACUUUACAAUUUAAUAAAAGGAUUACACACCAAGUCCAAACAUUUUCUUGAAAAUAUACGGAGAUAUAAUGCUGCUUUUCAAAUGACGUCAUUUAGAGCUUCUAAAAUUUUUAAUGAUACAUACAUGCCUACGUUUAAAGUUCAAGGACAAGUUUAUCAUACUAUUGGUAGUAUUUAUCCUGUUGAAGUAAAUGAAGAAAAGUUUUUACAAGUUUAUUUCAUAGAAGACUUGAAUCGUCAAGCUCAAACUAGAUGUAACAAUAUCGAUAAUAUUGACAACGAUUUAAUAACAAAACUUCAAUUGAUGCUUCAUCAGAAUAAUAUCUAUGUACAAAAUUUUAAAUCGGCUAUUGAAUGUGUCCCACGUGAUUGUGUUGAUUUAAGAAUUAUUAUACGAUCAGAUAAAAAACCUGUUGAUCAACAUACGCGAAGAUAUAAUGCACCCACUUCAAAUGAAGUUGCCGUAUUAAUGGUUGGGCAAGAAUUUAAUAAAAGAGACAUCGUCCUUAAUCUUCGUAACAAUACUCUUCAACGUAUAAAUGAAAUACACCGUUCUUAUGAUUGUUUACAAUAUCCUUUAAUUUUUUGUUACGGAGAUGACGGAUAUUCAAUAGAUAUUCCACAAGUCAAUCCUGUUUCUAGACAGCCAAUUCAAAAUAAAACUGUAUCAGCUAUGUCAUUUUACGCUUUUAGAAUUAUGGUUCGGCAUAAUAACCACAAUCAUUUGCAUUAUUUUAGAUCAGUAUUUAGUCAAUUUUUAGUCGAUAUGUAUGCGAAAAUUGAAUCAGAGCGCUUAGCGUUUAUACGAAAUAAUCAAUCUAAAUUACGUGCUGAAAAUUAUAUUCAUUUGCAAGAUGCUCUAAGGAAUGACGAAAAUAUAAAUGAAAUUGGAAAAUUGGUAGUACUACCGUCUUCAUUUACGGGAGGCUAUCGUUAUAUGCAUGAACGAACUCAAGAUGGUAUGGUUUAUAUUAGAACAUUUGGAAAACCAGAUUUGUUUAUAACUUUUACUUGCAAUCCAAAAUGGAAUGAAAUUGCAUGUGAACUUUUACCAGGACAAAAAUCUCAAGAUCGCCAUGAUAUAAUAGCAAGAGUAUUUAGGUUAAAGGUAAAAAAAUUAAUUGAUUUAAUUACAAAAAAAUAUAUAUUCGGAGAAACAUUAGCUCAUAUGUAUACUGUUGUGUGGCAAAAACGUGGUCUUCCACAUAUACAUAUUUUGGUAUGGCUGAAGGAUAAAAUAAAACCAGAACAGAUUGAUUCAGUAAUUAGUGCAGAGUUUCCAAAUCCAAAUGAAGAUCCAAUUUUAUUUGAAAUUGUAAAAAGUAACAUGAUACACGGUCCAUGUGGUCAAGUAAAUCCGCAAUCCCCAUGUAUGGCUGAUGGAAAAUGUACUAAAAAAUAUCCAAAACAAUUGAUUUGUGAAACUCAAACUGGUGAUGAUAAUUAUCCAAAAUAUAGACGAAGGAGUCCAUCUGAUGGUGGCUUCACUGCAAAAAUAGUAAAACGGAAUGGUGAAUUUGAAGUCGAUAAUCGAUGGGUAGUGCCGUACAAUCCCUUACUAUCACGAUUAUGUAAAGCUCAUGUUAAUGUUGAGUACUGUAACUCUGCAAAGUCUGUUAAGUAUAUAUGCAAGUACAUGAAUAAAGGAACUGACCAAGCAACUUAUUCAGUUAGUAAUGAAAAUGAUGAAAUCCAAAUUUUUCAAUCGGGUCGAUAUAUAAGUUCUUCAGAAGCUACUUGGAGAAUACUAGGUUAUCCAAUACAUGAAAGAAAUCCAACAGUGUUUCAUUUAGCAGUUCAUUUGGACAAUGGUCAAAGAGUUUAUUUCAAUCCGACAAACAUACAAAAUUUGGCAAUACCUCCUCCGAAAACUACAUUGACUGAAUUUUUUAAUCUAUGUUCUAGAGAUGAUUUUGCUAGAACUUUAUUAUACUGUGAAGUACCUUCUUAUUAUACUUGGAGUUCCCAUGAAUUUCACCGCCGAAAAAACGGUGAAAAUAUUCCUAAUUAUCCAGGAAUAAAAAAAAGUUCUGCAUUAGGUAGAGUUUACACUGUCCAUCCAAAUAAUUUUGAAUGUUAUUGCUUAAGAAUGUUACUUCAUCACAUACGUGGGCCUACAUCUUUUGAAUCAUUAAGAACUGUUAAUGGUCAAGUAUAUGAAACUUACCAAGCUGCCUGUGCUGCACUUAAAUUAUUAGAAAAUGACAAUCAUUGGGAUCAAACAUUAGAAGAAGCUGUUGUAUUCAACAUGCCAUUUCAUUUAAGGAAUUUAUUUGUUAUUAUCUUAGGAUUUUGCCAUGUUGCUGAGCCGAUCCAACUGUGGUUAAAAUACAAAGAUGCAAUGGCUGAAGAUAUAUUAUAUCGCUUCAGACAACAUAAAAAUGAUAAUGAACUCGACUUUAAUGAUGACAUUCACAACGAAGCUCUAAUAUUAAUUGAAGAUCAAUUAUUCUCAAUAACUGGGAAAACAUUGAAAGAAUUUAAUUUUGCAUCACCCGUAAGAUCAAACAGACUACAUUUACAAGGCAGUUAUCACAGAGAAACUAAUUAUAAUAUUGAAGAUUUAUUAAACUCCAUCAAUGAAGAUGAACCAAAAUUAACCGAUCAACAACAGAACGUUUAUACUAAAAUUUUAGAAAGUAUAAAUGAAAAGCAAGGUAAAUUGUUUUUUUUAGAUGCUCCUGGAGGAACCGGAAAAACAUUUCUACUAAAUUUAUUGUUGGCUAAAGUAAGGGUAAACGGAAAUAUUGCACUAGCUGUUGCAAGUUCAGGAAUAGCUGCUACUUUAUUGACCGGUGGAAGAACCGCACAUUCUUUAUUUAAAUUACCAUUAAAUUUAAAUCUUGAUGAAUCUCCAAUUUGUAAUAUAAGUAAACAAAGUGAUGCUGCGAAAGUUUUUAAAGAAUGCUCUGUUAUCGUAUGGGAUGAAUGUACUAUGUCACAUAAAAGAGCUCUAGAAGCAGUAAAUAGAACAAUGAAAGAUAUAAGAAAUGAUCAACGUGAAAUGGGUGGUAUAACAAUUGUAUUAGCAGGUGAUUUUCGACAGACAUUGCCUGUUGUCAAACGAGGUACUAGAGCCGAUGAAGUUAAUGCAUGUUUGAAAUCUUCUAAUUUAUGGCCAAAAUUCGAUCAGUUAUCAUUAUCAACAAAUAUGAGAGUUCAUUUAUAUGGCGAUUUAAACGCCGAAGAAUUUUCCAGUAUGCUUUUGGAAAUUGGCAACGGAAAUGUAGAAGAAGAAAAUGGUAAAAUUAAAAUACCUACCGGUAUUGGAACAAUGGUAUCAAAUUUAGAUGAAUUAAUAAAAAACGUCUAUCCUGAUGUGAAAAAUUUAAAAACAAAAUCAACUACUUGGUUAAGCGAAAGAUCAAUUUUAACAUCAAUGAAUGAUCAUGCGUCUAGAAUAAAUGAUAUGAUUUUGAGUUUAUAUGAAGAAGAAGAGAAGAUUUAUUCAUCUAUUGACACGGUAGUCGAACAAGAUGAUGCUAUCAACUUUCCCGUAGAAUUUUUGAAUUCUCUGAAUCCACCUGGAAUGUCGAAUCAUAUUUUGAAACUUAAAAUCGGAGCACCAAUUAUGCUUAUUAGAAAUUUGAGCUCUCCAAAAUUAUGCAAUGGAACUCGCUUACAAGUGAUAUCAUUAAAGCAAAAUAUUAUUGAAGCUAAAAUUAUCACAGGAUGUGGAUCAGGUGACAUUAUUUUUAUACCCCGUAUACCAAUCAUUUGUACUGAUUAUGAAUUUCAAUUUAAACGUAUUCAAUUUCCGAUUCGAGUAUGUUUUGCAAUUACAAUCAAUAAGUCUCAAGGUCAAACAUUGAAAAUAGCAGGUGUAGAUUUAUCAAUUGAAUGUUUUUCUCAUGGUCAACUUUACGUUGCGUUUUCUAGAGUUGGAAAUGCUGAAAAUUUGUUUAUUUUAGCAGAAGGAAAUACGACAAGAAACAGAGUAUACAAAGAAGUAUUAGUAUAG